AUGGUGGAUGCAAAUCGGACCUUAAAGGAACUUGCAGCUUCAAUUUAUGUUCGACAACCUCUAUGCAUUCAAUAUCCUCAAGUGGAUGUGGGAUUUGAAUUAAAGUCCGGGAUUAUUCAUCUACUUCCCACAUUUCAUGGAUUCUCCGGAGAGGAUCCAAAUAAGUAUUUGAAAGAGUUUCAUGUAGUUUGCUCAAGCAUGAAACUGGCGGGUAUAUCGGAAGAGCAAGUGAAAUUGCGGGCAUUCCCUUUCUCUCUUGUAGACACUGGUAAGGAAUGGCCCUAUUAUUUGUCGGCCAGUUUUAUUACCACGUGGAAUGAAAUGCAAAAGCUCUUCUUGGAGAGGUAUUUCCCAACUUCAAAGGCUACAAACAUCAGGAAAGAAAUCUGUAGCAUUCGACAAUCUCAAGGGAAAAAUCUCUAUGAGUAUUGGGAGAGAUUCAAAAGGCUAUAUGCUAGUUGCCCAAACCACCAAAUCAGUGAACAAUUACUUCUACAAUACUUCUAUGAAGGAUUACUUCCGAUGGAGAGAAGUAUGAUUGAUGCGGCAAGUGGAGGAACUUUAAUGGAUAAAACACCGACAGUUGCUAGGGAUUUGAUAGCCAACAUGGUCGCAAACUCACAACAAUUUGGUAGUAGAGAAGCGACACUGGUUAAACAAGCAAGUGAGGUAGGAGCAACCUCUCAAAUUGAACGACAAUUAACUAGUCUUACAUCGCUUGUGCAACAAAUGGCACUUGGGACAAUGCAACAAGUAAAAGUGUGCAGGAAUUGUUCUAUUCUGGGACAUCCUACCUAUGCAUGCCCGACACUACAAGAAAGAGCCUCAGAGCAAGCGAAUUCUCAGUUACAGAAUCAUUUCAUAGCUCCACAAUCACAAUUUAAUCAUUCCUUGGGGUUCAAUCAACAAAGGCAACCACAACACUCUCAACCUCAUCAACAAACUUCGUCUCAAAGUUCAGAGAUGUCUCUCGAAGAUAUGGUGAAGUCCUUAGCUUCUCGUAUAAUGCAAUUUCAACAGGAGACAAAAACCUCAAUUAAGAAUUUGGAGACACAAUUUGUCAAUUGGCCAACACGGUUUGAAAAGUCCAAAAGGGAUGAACAUGAGAAGGAAAUAUUGGAGACUUUUUGCAAGGUUCAAGUGAACGUACCACUUUUGAAUGCCAUUUAUCAAGUGCCACGUUAUGCAAAGUUUCUCAAGGAAUUGUGCACUAACAAGCAUAGAUUGAAAGGUAAUGAAGUGGUAAGCGUAGGAGAAAAUGUCCCGACGGUCUUGCAAAAGAAACUUCCACCAAAAUCUAAGGAUCCAGGAAGUUUUACCAUCCCUUGCAUUAUUGGUAACACUAG